UCAUCAUUGACAAUUUCUGCUGAUGUUUAUUUACAAGACAUGACAGUGUGUUGAAUUCAAUUUAUUGUAUUUAUUUAUUAAAUUUAAAUGUUUUUAACUAUUGAUUCACUAUAAUCUUGUAAUUAGAAACUCUACUGCCGCUAAUGAGUAAUUGUCAUCAUAUUAUGACUGGAAUACCUGCUUAUAAAUCAAUUUCAAUAUGGAAGUUAACCUAUUCAAGUUAUUUGUGUUUGUGCAAUUACUAGGAAGUGUUGUUAAAACUGAUGAUACGGCGCCCAAUUUUUCUUUUGUGACAAGCCUUGUGAAGGAAGAUGACGUAUCAGUACUGGUCUUAUCAACUCUGGAGGGAUCUUUUAUCGGGAUCGACCAGUGGACUGGAAAUGUACGAUGGAAGCUAACAAACGAGCCGACUGUGAAAGUUCCAAUUAGUAAAGAUGCUUCAAUGCCAAUGUUCCUACCAGAUCCCAAAGACGGCUCACUGUAUUUGUUGAGCAAAAAUACAGAAGAACUAAAAAAGUUACCAUUCACGAUUCCUCAACUAGUUGCUUCAUCGCCUUGUCGUAGCAGUGAUGGAAUUUUCUAUACAGGGAGGAAGAUUGACUCGUGGUUUGCUGUGAACUGGAAAACGGGUGCGAAAAAGUCGUUCAUGACUUUCGACCAAUCAGAGAAGACUUGUCCGGUCACCGAGCCUGACCAUGUUUUUAUUGGACGCACUGAAUACAACUUGAUAAUGUAUGAUGGCAAAAAACAGGGUAAACACUGGAACAUCACGUUCUUUGACUACUCUGCCCAGGCGUUGCAAAGUGACCAGUUAGCCAAUUAUGAACUGGCGCACUUCGGCGGCAGCGCCUCGGGCCGCGUUAGUACCUACGACCGCCGCAGCGGCGCGCUGCUGUGGGAACAUGACUUUGGAUCGCCGAUGGUGGCGCUGUACGCGCGCAGCAGUUGCGGCAGAAAUUGUAACUACGGCGGCGGACAGGAUCUGGUGUCUGUUCCGUUUGCUUCAGUGGACGAUGCCACACUAGACAGGCUGCCAAUGUUUCACGGCAGGAAGGAUCAGUUGUCACCGACUCUGUACAUAGGCGAACACAGACAUGGCUUGUAUGCCCUUCCCAGCUUGGUAGGCAGUGAUAGUGCAGCCAUAGGAGUACUGGCUGAGGCCAAGGGAAGUCAUCUGCUCAUAGAUGGACCCCAGUACAACCACACUGACUCCACCAACCGGGCUCUGCUCGUUCUUGCCGGUCACUACCAAAUGCCCGACUACAGCAGCACCCGUCUGCAGAUCACAGGUCGGUCAGACCGCGUCAUCCCUCCCGGUCUGCCAGUCCAGCUGAACGGCACCAAGGGCCCGCCCGCCACCUCGGGCUCUGAUGCGGCCUCCCAGACCCACAUACAACCGGUCCGCUGGCUGGACAGUCUCGAGAACCGGUUGCUUGCCUCUGUCGUCCUAGUGCUCGUCAUAUCCAUGAUCGCCAUGUUCGUCUAUCUCAGAGCUCAGGUGAAAGAGUUCCAACAGCUGUCGGAGAGUGGGUCGCAUUCGCAUGCGAGCAGUACGGCGAGUGAAGCGACCGCCACGGCUGAGGUGCUGGCAGACGGAGUGCGGGUUGGCAAGAUAUCGUUCUCCCCCCAACAUGUGCUCGGCAAGGGCUGUGAGGGCACUUUCGUCUUUCGAGGACAAUUCGACGCCAGAGAUGUGGCCGUGAAACGACUCCUGCCCGACUGUUUCACAUUGGCCGACCGUGAAGUGCGCAUGCUCCGUGAGUCGGACGCUCAUCCCAAUGUGGUGCGCUACUUCUGCACUGAACAGGAUGCUCAGUUCCGCUAUAUUGCACUGGAGCUAUGUGCUGCAACACUACAGGACUAUGUUGAAAGGAAUAGAUUCACCGAUGCAAUUUCUCCCGAAGAGGUUCUGAAGCAGUCAACAGCUGGGCUCAUGCAUUUGCACAAUCUCAACAUUGUGCACCGUGACAUCAAACCGCACAACGUGCUGUUGUCUGCUGGGGGUGCGGGUGGCCAGGGGAAGUCAAGAGUGCGUGCCAUGAUCUCCGACUUUGGACUCUGCAAGAAGCUGCAGCUGGGGCGCACUUCGUUCUCGCGGACUUCCGGGGUGACCGGCACUGAUGGAUGGAUUGCGCCCGAAAUGCUUCUCAAUAAUCGGCCUACGACAUGCUCAGUGGACAUAUUCUCUCUAGGAUGUGUCUUCUACUACGUACUUAGCAAAGGAAAACAUCCGUUCGGAGAUCCACUAAGGAGGCAGGCCAACAUCCUCUCGUCAGAUUAUGAUUUAUCAGCAGUGUCGGGCGAGCAGGAGUGGCGCCCCUGGCGGUCGCUGAUUGAGUUGAUGGUGUUGGCUGAGCCAGGGGAGCGCCCCCCCGUCCACGCAGUCAGCCGCCACCCUGUCUUCUGGGACAAGGCCACUAUUCUCGCUUUCCUACAGGACGUGAGCGACCGUGUGGAGAAGGACGAGCUGGCUGAAAGUGUUCCGUUGCGUGCAUUAGAGUGCGGUGGCCGUUGGCUUGUGUGUGGUGGUGACUGGCAGCUGCGUCUCGACGCCCAGAUGGCCGCCGAACUGCGUCGGUACCGCGCCUACCGCGGUGACAGUGUCAGGGAUCUGCUCAGGGCGCUCCGGAACAAGAAACACCACCUCCGCGAGCUAUCCGAAGAGGCAAAACAGAGCGUCGGUUCUUCGACAGACUCUUUUGUCGACUACUGGCUGAGUCGAUUUCCCGCGCUUUUCGAGCACAGCUGGACGGCAAUGCAGUGUGUCCGCCACGAGCACGUGUUCCGCCACUACUACAGCGAGUUCCAGUUUCCGCCGCUAGGUGGCGCCAGUGGCGACGACGAACAGGACUAUCCGGCGGCUAGAGACAGUACAGCUAAAAGCAGUACGCCGACACAAAAGCGGAAAAGUGGGCGGGCGAAAGGUUGGGCUGGUGGGGGAGGAGUGAAUCGUAGGAAAAACAAUGAAAAUGGUGAUGAUCGUAGGAAAAACAAUGAAAACUGUGAUGAUAGUGGAGUGAAUCGAAGAAAAGCGGGGGAAAUUAGUGAUGAGAGUGAGAGAGAGAAGUGGCGGCAGAGUGGGGAGAAGAACGGGGUGUGGAGGCCAAGACAGAGAGCGAGAAAAAAGAAUGAGGAGGAGGGUGAUAGGAAUGUUGUAUGGGUGUUGCCUUCGACGGAGAAAGUAGAGUAGAGUAGAUUAAGUUAUAUUUGUAUUUUUGAAAAUCACAGUGUAUAGGAGGGAAAUCCCCUAUAUUAAUUUGACCGUUUGAGCUGUGCUCAUUAAAUGCGGUUUAAUACAACCAUAGAGAAACAAUAGCAUAAGUAGAUAUCCCAUGGUAAAGGGCGUUUAUGUCGCAACUUUUACUGUUAUCUCAAACUGAUAGUCCACGUAGUUCGUAGUUCUUUCCUGUGAAGCU